AGAGGUUCACGCUGUUUGGCAGCUAGAGGGGGGAUGGGAGGAGCAAGGAGAAGCACGAGUGAGGAAAAGCAGGGCUGCUGUUCUUACACCAAAUCCCAGACCUAUUGUGUAUCACAUGCCAGCUCCAGGUUCACACCAUUAACAAUGCAUGGCUUGUAGGCCGCCAAUAAUGGCCCAAAGAAAGAGGCCUGGGACCAGUAGUGGAAACACCAUGUCUGGUCCCAGCCCUGCUACCUGUCCCGCCCCUCAUCUUGCAGAGUCAUGUGAUCUUAAAGUUCUACCAGCACGCCAGCGCCCGCUACGCUAUCACAAAGAGUCUCAUAAUCCAAAACCCUUAAGUCAUUCUUGCAACACCAAAUAUUCCUCCUCCAAGCCUCAAGAUGUGAGCCAUGUUCAUCCCGAAGAUGAUGAAGAUGUGGAUAUUGACAUGAAGCAGUAUAGCCACCCAGAAGUUGACUCACAGGUUGAGAAUGAACGUCCAACGACACCAUCCACGCCUGAAGAUGAACCUCAGGAGAGUGAGGACCACUUUGUCCAUGAUCCGGCAGACUUUCAUGGUGAGGCUGACAGUCUGGAUGAUGACUCAAGCUCUGACUACAUUAACAACACUUCAGAGGAUGAGGAAGACUAUGAUGAUGGAUUAGCAGAGGAAGACGGGGGAGUGACUUACUACAUUCGCUACUGCCCUGAGGAUGAUAGUUACCUGGAGGGAAUGGACUGCAACAACCAGGGAAACUGUAACCACAGCCACAAACAGGGAGACUGCUCCGGAAACAUUGAACAACAUAGAACCCAUGCUGGUGAAUGCCAGGAGGUAGAAGAAGGAUGGGUAGAAGAGGGAGAAGAGGAAGAGGCGGAAGGAGUAUUGAGAGAGGAGGAAUGGGUUGAAGAUGAUGAAGGAGAAGAGCCAAUAAGAGAGGAGUGGCAAGAAGAUGAGGAUGAAGUGGUGGAGGAAUGGAGAGAGGGAAACGAGGAGGUACAAGAGGAAUGGAUAGAAGAGGAUCAUGUGAGCCAGGAGCAGUGGGAAGAACAAGAAAGGCACAGGGUUGAAGAGUGGGGUCAGGGGGAGGGGGAGGUCCGUUGUGAGGUGGUGGAACAAGAUCCUGAUGAACAGAUUUACAAUGGAAGACCAGAACCCAUAUUGGACCAUCACCACCAGCCUGCAAUGCAAGACACCAUCCACACUCAGGUGCAUGACAGAGAGGAAGACAGAGAGGAAGAGAGUGAAGAGGGCUGUCCCAAUGAAGAUGAAGAUGAGGAAGGUGCUGAGAAGGAGAGAGCUUACACUGGUGACUGUUAUCCCUCUGAAGACAAUGGGAACUCAGUGCAGGUCUCCCCAUACCGCAGUCGUAAGGUGCUGGUGGUGGAGGGAGAGACAGGAGAGGAGGCAGAGGAGGACAUUGACCAAAUUGUUGCUGAGAUUAAGAUGAGUAUGAGCAUGGGGAGUCUAAGCAGUGGCACUGAUCAAAGCCCAGAGGAGUUGGCCCAGGAUCCUGUACCAAGUGACUAUCCUCACCGUAAGCCCGAGGCAACGUCCUAUCCACCAGUUCAUCACCGUCAUGACAGCAGGCCCAAGUCCCUAAACAUCCCCUCCAUGCAUCACAGCAACCCUGACCUCCAGAGAGGCACCAAGGCUCAUCCAUGCUCUCCUGAAGACAGACAGAGAUGGGCUCAAGAGCAGGUUGGCAAUGGUCCAGAUCAUUCUAGAAAACAGCAGCGCUCCGACCUUAAUGUUCCCCUGGAGAACAACAAUGUACCAGAGCCAACAAAGAAAGUUGCCUCCUUCCCAAGCUUUGUUGAUGUUCCUGGACCCUGCGAACCAGAGGACCUGAUUGAUGGCAUUAUCUUUGCUGCUAACUACCUUGGCUCCACCCAGCUACUGUCUGAGAGGAACCCCUCCAAGAACAUCCGCAUGAUGCAGGCACAAGAAGCUGUCAGCAGGGUCAAGAGGGUUCAGAAGGCUGCCAAAAUCAAGAAAAAGGCGAAUGCCGAGGGAGACGGCCAGACACUGACUGAGGUCGAUCUGUUUAUUUCUACCCAGAGGAUCAAAGUCCUCAAUGCAGACACACAAGAAACGAUGAUGGACAAUGCACUGCGCACCAUCUCUUACAUUGCUGACAUAGGGAACAUUGUGGUGCUGAUGGCGAGGCGGCGGAUGCCUCGAACGGCUUCACAGGACUGUAUUGAGACUACACCUGGAGCGCCUGAGGCAAAGAAGCAGUACAAGAUGAUAUGUCAUGUCUUUGAAUCUGAGGAUGCCCAGCUUAUUGCUCAGUCCAUCGGUCAGGCAUUCAGUGUGGCCUACCAGGAGUUCCUCAGAGCCAACGGCAUCAACCCCGAGGACCUCAGUCAGAAGGAGUACAGUGAUAUCAUCAACACACAGGAAAUGUACAAUGAUGACCUCAUUCACUUCUCCAACUCUGAAAACUGCAAGGAGCUGGUGCUGGAGAAAAGCAAAGGGGAGAUCCUGGGUGUGGUGAUCGUGGAGUCGGGCUGGGGCUCCAUCCUGCCAACAGUUAUCUUAGCCAACAUGAUGAAUGGUGCACCAGCAGCUCGAUCUGGCAAGCUCAGCAUUGGAGACCAGAUUAUGUCCAUUAACAACACCAGCCUCGUGGGGUUGCCUCUUGCCACCUGUCAGGGAAUCAUUAAGGGCUUAAAGAACCAGGUUCAGGUAAAAAUGAACAUCGUCAGCUGCCCUCCGGUUACCACAGUUCUCAUUAAGAGACCUGAUCUGAAGUAUCAGCUGGGUUUCAGCGUCCAGAAUGGCAUCAUAUGCAGCCUGAUGCGGGGUGGCAUCGCUGAGCGAGGCGGUGUCCGCGUGGGUCACAGGAUUAUAGAGAUCAACGGCCAGAGCGUGGUGGCUACAGCACAUGAGAAGAUUGUUCAGGCGCUCUCCAACUCUGUUGGCGAGAUCCACAUGAAGACCAUGCCAGCGGCCAUGUUCAGGCUUCUAACUGGACAGGAGACGCCCAUGUAUAUAUAAGCAGCUGGGAUUCAUAAGGUGGACAGGAAGGAGGGCAUUUAUCCUGCAGCCCAAAACUACUAGCAGAUUUAGCCACCAGGAGGACGACCAUGCCUCCCCACAGAUUUUUGUUUUGUUUUGACCUUUUUGGGUUGAAGUUAUUUCAUCCUUUUUCACAUGUCUGUGCUAUUUGCAACUGCUAUUUGAUGUAAGAUGUUUCACCCUUCUGACCAGCUGAAGAGGAAGCAUGUGCAUAUGUUUUGACUGUUGUUAAUUUAUUUGUCCUGUCCUUGAUAACUUUUUGGUUCCUUCAGUGAAACAGUGUGGAUAGAGUUAACGCUUGAAUAUGUCCCAGUUUUUUGUUUGUUUUUUUAAUCCAUAUAAUGCAAUAUAACGUCUUAAACUUUUUUUGUAAGCUUUUGCUGUUAAUUUAUUUCUCAUGUAGAUACACACUUUGCUCAUUUUACAAGGGAAGGCAGCUGCUGCUAAAACCACUUCUGCACUGUAAAUAUUCCAGCGAUGAUGGCAGACCACAAUGGUGGCUAAGGCACAAUUAGAUCUGAAAUAUCAUGUUAAGUUUCCAUUGAUGAGGGUGGCAACUUAUGUGUUUGAAUAAGCCAAGCUAAUGUACUGUAUGUGUGAAUCAAAGCAAUGCCCACAGCAGGGGUUUAUGGGAGAAACGCCAUAUCCUGUUUAAUUUCAAGGCAAUAUACAAAUUCAACCUCUUUAAAACAAGUUUUUUUUGUUUGGUUUUUUUUUUACAUUUACAUGUAGUUGAGAAAAGUUGCUUUUUUUAUCAGGUUCAAUGUGCGAAUAAUGUUUUCUUCCUGCUCUUGCCUCUAUUACGCUCAUCUCUGGAGUUCUGACUGAAACUCGCUAACUAAUGACUGGGCUGUGAAUGUAAAUGUGUUGUGUGAGCCGUCUCAUUGCCAUAACGCAGUAUUAGAAUGUCUGUACAUAAAAAUGAAAAUUGUCUAGUGUUGUGUUCAUGUUAAGGAACAAAACACAAAGGUUUAGUCUCUGAUAAACAUCCACCAGACUUCCAUUGGACCCUGGGCUUCUGUGGAACAAAGCGAGAGAAAUGUGAAUCACACACACUGUGAUUGGGGAAAAAAAGUUUCUUACCAUGGAGUUACAGUUUAGCAACAUAGUGUAGUAAAUUUUAUCCGUAUGAACAUUAUCUGUGUGCAUGCCUCGUAAAAAGUAGUUUCUCAUGUUAUUGUGGCAAGACAAUAAAAUUCUGAGCUGAA